AUGACCUCACCACUGUCCAGCAUUUUCACCUUUACAAGUCCCGCUGUUAAAAGACUGCUGGGCUGGAAGCAAGGAGAUGAGGAAGAGAAGUGGGCAGAAAAGGCAGUAGACUCCCUUGUCAAGAAAUUAAAGAAAAAGAAAGGUGCAUUAGAAGAUCUGGAGAAGGCGCUGUCCUGCAAGGAUCCUCACACAAAGUGUGUAACAAUCCAGCGGUCGUUAGAUGGGCGUUUGCAAGUGUCACAUCGCAAGGGCUUGCCACAUGUCAUUUACUGUCGAGUGUGGAGGUGGCCAGACCUGCAGUCACACCAUGAGCUGAAGCCCCUGGACACCUGCGAGUACCCGUUCAGUGCCAAGCAGAAGGAGGUGUGCAUCAAUCCUUACCACUACCGGAGAGUUGAAAGUCCAGUGCUGCCUCCCGUGCUGGUACCCCGAUACAGUGAGUACCCAACUCAUGGAGCUCUGCCCCCAUUCCAGCAGAUCCCGGAGCCAUCGAUGCCACAUAAUAUCACCUACCCGUUUCCACAGCAGCAUUCUCCACAGACACCAGGUUCUGGGCCUGGCAGCCCCUUUGGUCUCCCAGCGGACACUCCCCCACCAGCCUACCAAGCCCACGAUGAUAACCAGAACAACCAGAAUGGACCCCAGCCUAUGGACACCAACUUGCAGCCCAAUCCAGCACAUUCUGGACCUCCACUGCCAAAUCCAACUUUUUCUCUGUCAAAACUUGGACCCCGCAUGCCUGGCCAGCGACUGCCUAUUGGUGGAGAUAAGCAACCAGUAAAUUACCAAGAGCCACACUACUGGUGUAACAUUGUCUACUAUGAGCUGAACAACCGUGUUGGGGAGCAAUUCCAGGCCUCCUCUAAUAGCAUUGUUGUCGACGGUUUCACUGACCCCUCUCGCACUGACAGAUUUUGUUUAGGUUUGCUGUCCAAUGUCAACCGCAACUCCACCAUCGAGAACACACGGCGGCAUAUAGGACGAGGAGUUCACUUGUACUAUGUUGGGGGCGAGGUCUAUGCUGAGUGUCUCAGCGACAGCAGUAUCUUUGUUCAGAGUCGCAAUUGUAACUACUCUCAUGGCUUCCACCCGACCACUGUCUGCAAGAUCCCGCCCAAUUGUAGUCUCAAGAUCUUCAAUAACCAGGAGUUUGCAGCCUUGCUGUCGCAGUCAGUGAACCAUGGGUUCGAAGCCGUCUAUGAGCUGAACAAGAUGUGUAUUAUUCGCAUGAGCUUCGUGAAGGGCUGGGGUGCCGAGUAUCACCGGCAAGACGUCACAUCCACCCCUUGUUGGAUUGAGCUGCAUCUCAACGGACCCUUGCAGUGGCUAGAUAAGGUCCUGACGCAGAUGGGCUCCCCCAUGAACCCCAUUUCAUCUGUGUCUUGA